GCAAGGAGCGGCCCCCGGGGGCGGGGCGCCGGCGGGUGGGUGAGCAGCCCGCCCGGCCCAGGUCCGAGUUCCAGCCCCGCGAUGGCCUCCGCGGGCAGCACCGCUCGGCGGGCGGGCUCGGGAAGCUGGCACUCAGAAAGGGGAGAAGGGAGAGGUGCUCGGCCGCAGCCAACUCCACGUGGCUCCAUGCAGCGCGACAAAGUCUCCUUGAAGGCCACCUGGACUGACGCGGAGUCCAAGCAGCCCAGCCAGCCCCUGCCCGACCUCGCAGACCACCUCCGUGCGCAGGCGACUGCCCUCGCCACGCCGCGCCGCCCUGCCUCGCUAACCCCGCCCCGCGCUGACCCCAGCCCCAGGGGGGAGUCCGACCAGACGGCGAUCGACCAGACGGUGAUCUGGAGCUACUACCAGCUGUUCGCGGCGGCUGUGGGCAACGUGGAAUGGCUGCGAUUCUGUCUGAACCAGAGCCUCAGGGAAAUCCCCACCGACUACAAGGGCUUCACUGCCAUCCACUUCGCCGCCCAACGGGGCAAGCUUGCAUGCCUGCAGGUCCUGGUAGAGGAGUACAAGUUUCCCGUGGACCUGCUGACCAACAAUAGCCAGACACCCCUGCACCUCGUCAUCCACAGGGACAACACCACCGUGGCCCUCCCCUGCAUCUACUACCUGCUGGAGAAAGGUGCAGCCCUCAAUGCUCAGACAUGCAACGGCUCCACGCCCCUGCACCUGGCAGCCCGUGACGGCCUGCUGGACUGUGUGAAGCUCCUGGUGCAGAGUGGCGCCAAUGUCCAUGCCCAAGAUGCCAUGGGCUACAAACCCAUUGACUUCUGCAAAAUGUGGAACCACCGUGCCUGUGCCCGGUUCUUGAAGGAUGCCAUGUGGAAAAAGGACAAGAAGGACUUUGCCCGUGAGAUGAGGAAAAUGAAGACGUUCAUGAGCCAGCUGGCCCUCAUGGAGCACAACUACCUGACUGAGUAUCAAAAAGAGCACAAAAUUCUCAGCGAAGCUGCUAUCAGAAAGUGGCUCCACGGCAAGCUGCACCCAGGCCACUCUCUGGUCUCUAAUACCAAGCAAGCCCAGGCCACCGCCCUCUCCAAGACCCCAGAGCAACGGGGAUCGCAGCGUUCCAGGAGCUUCCACCCGUCUGUGGAGGCGCGCCUGCAAUGCAUUCCACAGCCCACGGAGAUGCCCAAGCCCGUCUACAGGAAGCCCACGGUCAAGCGGCCCACGAUGUGGAAUGUUAGCAACAACCCCGCCAGAACCCCCACCACCCAGAUCAGCCACUCGCAGGGCAUCCGCCUGGGCGUGCAUCCAGACCCCAUUCCGGAGCACGACUUCAGCAGCUUCCUGGAGGUGAGGCCUGAUGGGCACGGCGGUGCGCGGCUGCACACAGUGGACGGCCACUGGGUGGCGCCCGUGCCGCGGCUGCCUUUUGAGGUGCUGCUCCGCAUGCUGUACCCACGUGUAUGGCCGUACAGAAUGAAGGUGCCCCAGGGCUUUUACCCCAUCAGCAUGAGGGAAGUGCCCAGGAAGCGGCACCUGGGUGACAACACCUUCUGGACUGACACUCUGGCCAUGAACCUGCGUGACACAUUUGAUGAAGCCUUCCUGGCAGCUGUGCGAUCUCAUCAAGGACUCCCCGCCCUGCCCUCCCCACAAACCAACCCAUAA